AUGAUAUACUACCCGGCAGGAUUCAUUUGGGAUGGAAUUGAAGUUUUGACUACUCAGGAAGACUUGGUGGCCCGGUUGAAACCGCUGGGGAUCCGCCUGACGCCCCAGAGACUGGCCAUUGCCGAGGUGGUGGUUAACUCCGCUGAUCACCCACCUGUGCGGCAGGUGUUCGAACGGGUGCGGGAUUUCUUCCCGUACGUAACGUUGGCUACCGUGUACUCGACGCUGGGGUUGCUGGAACAGGUGGGGAUCGUGCGCGAACUGCACUUUCAGAAGCAAUCGCGCUAUGACGCCAAUCUGUCGCCACACGCCAACCUGGUGUGCCUGGGAUGUGGAGCCGUGGUAGAAGGCCGCGUCGGCCGAAAGAAAAGUGGUGUGGCCGAACUGGAACGGGCCAUCAGUCUACGGGGAGACUUUCAGGCGGAGAACAGUCGGGCUGCGCUGGUGACCUUCACCACCGAUACGGUAGAGUUGAUACCGUUGACGGCGCUGGAUGGUGAUCUGGCGGCACAGACUCAAUGGCUACAAUCGGUUCGGGACCUGGAAACGAAAAACGAAGGGGCUUUUAUUCUUGAUGCCGUGGACGACGCUCACGAAAUGCUGAUCACCCUGAAUGAUUCGACACGGAGAAACGUCAUUGUGCUGCUGACUGACGGCGCCGACGGCGGAAUUUCAGAAUUGGAUGGCUCUUUGGUGGUUAGCGAGGUUGACCGGGCGACGUUGGUGGAGAAACUCAAGAACAGCCAAGUGAACGAACUGGCGGUUCACACCAUUGGGUUGUGGGAGGAAGCGGAUCACGGAUCCCUGAUGGUGUUGUCUGAGGCCACCGAAAACGGGCGUUAUAUCUACGCCAGCCGAUAA